UUUACAUUGAUCCGGGAGAAUACUGAGUUUCUCAUAAAUCUGCUGGGACACUUACAUCGAUGUAACAGAUACUAUAAACUGAACAUUCACUGGUUACAAGUCAAACGUAACAGAAUAUUCUGUUACAUGCUAUAUAACAUAUAAGCAAAUAUCCUAUUCCUUACCAGCAAUCAGGACUUGAAAUCCCACAUUAUUUGGGGGUUGGAGUACUUUUCAUCAAGCUUUCCGAAAGAAACGUUUGAUAUUUUCUUAAAAAUUCAACAUAUCUUAGAGUUUUCACAGUUUGAAUUCAUGAGUCAGAGUGACUCACUGAUACUUCAUCUGUUUGUACUGAUUUUAUAUACCUAGGUUCCUACCUGAGCUAUAAGUGAUUCAUUGUAAUUAAAAAAAGAAGUUAGGUAGGCCAACGUCUCUCUUAUUCCUCUCAUGAUCAGUAUAACCAUUGGGCAUUGUAAAUCGUUGUUCUUAAUACUUGGAAAUGCACAUCGAAAGGUCGCGCGGGCGUUCCAAAGAUGUCUAAAAACAGUUCGGCUCCUUCUAUAAAUGAUUUCGUAAUGAUAAAACCUAUAAGCAAAGGUGCUUUUGGGUACUGGAUUUUUUUCUGUGUAAUCUUGAAAGAAAAGUGUUUUUAGGAGCUAAGGCAAACAAUUUUGACCUUAUAUACGCAAUAAAAAUAAUGUCUAAAGAAGAAAUGAGGAAAAAAAAUCUUGUAGAGAAAGUUACUUGUGAGCGAAAUGCCCUUGCAGUUAGUAAAUGUCCAUACAUCGUCCAUUUGUACUACUGUUUGCAAACCACCAGUCACAUAUAUUUGGUUAUGGAAUACCUCGUCGGUGGUGACCUUAAGUCACUUUUGCUGGUUAUGGGCCGUCUUCAAGAAUCUCACGCUGCUAUCUAUACUGUUGAAAUUGCAAUAGCCUUGGAAUAUCUUCAUACACAUGGAAUAAUCCAUCGUGAUCUUAAACCGGAUAAUAUACUUAUUGACUCCAAAGGACAUUUAAAGCUGACGGAUUUUGGGUUGUCUACUAUAACAUGGAAGCGUCCCUUGCAGCCAAGUGACGUUUUGAAUACACCAUCUGUCGUUCCGUUACCUUUUCAAUACUACCGAACUCCUGGCCAACUUAUCUCGCUGACAACUGAACUGGCUUUCACAGAUACACCUAUCCUACAUAAAACUCAUGAGGUUCUGGAGGAACGCUUAUUGACUUCGCGCGAUGACGAUGCCAAAACGUGUUUCUCCCCCCAGUGUUUAUCUUCAGCAAAAAAUUACUUUACUAAUUGUGAUGUUUCAAAUUCAUUGCAUAAAUCCUCUUCAGAACCUUGUUUUGGGUCUGUAGCAUUUUUCGAUGGACAACAUAUCUGUGAUUUACAACGAUUCCGAAGUUUUAGUGAUUUUGGUAAUAAAUCAUGGAAAUCUCACUUUCGUCAACAUUUGAUUCAUUGGUCGCCAAUAUCCAGAAAAUCGCAUGCCAGGUGUUCUCAAAAUUUUGAAACAUCGGAAAUCCAUUCAGAUGAGCUACAGACGUCUUACUCCAGUCGAGUUGAUUCUCUUAGAACUGGCUAUAAAUUAUGUCACCGUCAACGUCAUAACUACAAUCCACUUCCGAAAAAUGGACCAACUUCUGACUUAUCUGCUACUCAUAGUUUAGCAAUUGACAAAUCAAAAACAUCAGUAAUUUUGAAGCCAUCAUAUCACAAUCAGGAAUGUCAGAAUGUGGAAAAAAUGCUUAAAAAUACAGCUUCGUGUUUGGAAAUUUCUUCUUUAAAUAGAGAUAUUCAGGAUUUGAUUUUGAACUCCUCUCCAUGUAAUCUGACUGAUAGAAAUGAUUUAAAGCGAAAUAAUUCGACGGAAAAUAUAUUGUCUCCAGUUGAAAAAGCCAGAUUGAGCCUGUUCCGUCAUUCACCGUUAUCCCACUGUUUAGGUAUAAGUGGCGAUUAUUUAUUAAAUGAUAUUGAUCUCUCGAAUCCAUCUAUGGAUGACUGUAUAACUUCUCCAGUGUUACUUAAUACACCUUUAAAAUUUCCUCAUCAUUCUCCUGCUUCUAUAGUUAAAAAAAAUAGCAAACAUUUAACUCGGAAUUUCCACCCAAUCGAAUCAGAAAGUAAUCUUCCUGCUCAAACAUUGCUUUAUUCUAGUCCUUUAUGUUCCAUGCAUAUAAAUUCAACUUGUAAACGUCAGCGGUUCGACAAGAAACUGAUCACUUCGUUGAAUAGUACACCAGCAAUUAAUCCACUCCAAGUUACUACAGAAUCACUUGAAAAUAUAUCAAAUCUAGAGAGCUUAUCUAGUCACUUGUUAGGUACUCCGGAAUAUUUGGCACCAGAAUUAUUACUUCAUCCUAAUUCUAAAAGUGCAUGCGAUAGUCCAGCUGUCGAUUGGUGGGCUUUAGGUGUUAUAUUAUUUGAAAUGUUAGUUGGUGUAACUCCAUUUGCAGAUGAAACUGUAGAAAAUGUGUUUCACAAUAUUCUAAGUUUAGAUAUACACUGGCCUGUUGCUACUACAUGCGGAUCAUCUUUUAACAUAAAUGAAUCACCACAAAAAAACUGUGAACUUUCACAAGCAGCUGUAAACUUAAUUAGUGGCCUCUUAUCCUAUAAUCAAACAGACAGACUUCAAGUUGCAAGUCAAAUAAAGUCAAGUGAUUUGUUAAUACCUGUUGGUGAUUGGAAUAAUUUACAUGAUUUAGAAAUGCCUUUCAUUCCUGAUCCUGAUAAUUCAACAGAUACAUUUUAUUUUGAUAUUCGUAAUCGGUACAAUCAAUAUAGCGAAGAGGAUCUAUGUGCAAAUGUGAAAUGACGAAGUCUAUGACUUAAUUAAUUUUCACUGUACAGGUACUAUUAUUGAUACACAUAUUUGUACUUGUGAAUAAAUGUUUAUUUAUCAGCUUCUUUAACAUGCGUAAUUUUUCCGUUUCCAUAUCUUAAAAAAUCGUUUUUAAUGUUAUAUGUAUAACAGUAAGUAAGCGUAGCUCAUGUAAUGCUUUAAUUUAUAAUUGUAUUAUAAAUUGAGUGUCUAUUAAAAAAAAUUAUUUCUUUCGC